AUGGAUGUUUUGUACACCAUGUUGACUUUCAUAGCCUUCACUUUUCUAUCUCUUUUUCUAGCCAUUUGUUUCAUCAUGAUGACAAUCUUCAAAGGAAAAUCCAUAGGGAACCCUAAAUAUGCACCUGUUAAAGGCACAGUGUUCAACCAACUUUUCUACUUCAAGAAACUCCAUGAUUACCAUACUCAAUUGGCCAAAACUCAUCCAACCAUGAGGCUUCUUGCUCCAAAUCAAAGUGAGUUGUAUACCAUAGAUGUGAGAAAUAUUGAACAUGUAUUGAAAACCAAUUUUGAUAAAUAUUCCAAAGGUAAGUAUAAUCAAGAUAUUGUGACUGAUCUUUUGGGUGAGGGAAUUUUUGCUGUUGAUGGUGAAAAAUGGAAGCAACAGAGAAAAGUUGCUAGCUAUGAAUUCUCCACAAGAGUUCUUAGAGAUUUUAGUUGUUCCGUAUUUAGAAAAAAUGCUGCCAAAUUAGUUAAAGUUAUAUCAGAAUUUUCUCGCAACCGUCUUCAUUUUGAUAUGCAAGACUUACAAAUGCGAUGCGCUUUGGACUCUAUAUUCAAAGUUGGAUUUGGAACAGAAUUGAAUUGCUUAGAGGGAUCAAACAAAGAGGGAAUUGAAUUCAUGAAAGCCUUUGAUGAAUCAAAUGCUAUAAUUUACUGGCGCUACGUUGAUCCUUUUUGGAGCCUUAAGAAGCUUCUAAACUUGGGUGGCGAAGCGAAGCUUAAAAACAAUGUGAAAUUGAUAGAUGAAUUUGUGAAUGGAGUGAUAAAGACUAAAAAGAAACAAUUGGCACUACAACAAGAUUCUAAUGUGAAAGAAGAUAUACUAUCAAGAUUUUUAAUGGAAAGCGAGAAAGGCGGAACAAAUAUAAGUGAUAAGUAUUUGAGGGAUAUAAUUCUCAACUUUAUGAUAGCUGGAAAAGACACGACAGCGAACACUCUUUCGUGGUUCUUCUACAUGUUAUGCAAGAACCCUCUUGUUGAGGACAAGAUUGUGCAAGAAAUAAAAGAUGUGACUUGUUGUAGUGAUGAAAGUGAAGUCAAGAUAGAUGAGUUUGUUGUGAAUUUAAGAGAUGAAAUAGUUGAUAAAAUGCAUUAUCUUCAUGCAGCUCUGACAGAGACAUUGAGAUUGUACCCUGUAGUGGCUAUAGAUGGAAGAACUGCAGAUGCACCCGAUGUUCUUCCGGAUGGAUACAAACUAGAAAAGGGUGAUGGGGUUUACUACUUGGCAUACGCUAUGGGUCGAAUGACUUCCAUUUGGGGAGAAGACGCGGAGGAGUUUCGCCCGGAAAGAUGGAUUAAUGAAGGAAUUUUUCAACCAGAAUCACCAUUCAAAUUUGUAGCAUUUCAUGGUGGACCUCGCAUGUGUUUAGGGAAGGACUUUGCAUACAGACAAAUGAAAAUAGUAGCAAUCACUCUUUUGCAUUUCUUCAAAUUUAAAUUGGCGAAUGGAAUACAAAAUGUGACUUAUAAGGUCAUGUUUACUCUUCAUUUGGACAAGGGUCUCCCUCUCAAUGCAAUUCCAAGGUCGUGA